AUGAUUGUCACGUGGAUUUGUUUAAUAAUGAUAAUGAUAUUAUCAUUAAAUGUGUGUCAAGUUCAAAACGAAGCAAACAGCCCAAAAAAAGGAUUUAUAAUUAGAACAACAAAACGAAUUCAAGAUUCAAAAUAUUUUGCUAAAGGAAAACGCUUUGCCAAUGCCAUAAGAAAUCUUCCGUCAAACUUGAAAAGAUUUAUGAAGUGGUUACAGAAACACAUCCGACAUGGUAUAAAAUGUUUUCGUUGGGGAAUUGAUCAAAUGAAAUGUCGUACACUGGGAGGAUUAAAUAUCAAAAUGAAGAUGAACAGUUGGAAUAAACUUCCGACUUGUAUACAAAAAAGGUGGUAUAAAACUGUCCUUGAUACCAAAUUAUUAUUAGCGUAA